AUCAUACAUUAUAAAUUAUUAUGCCUUUCACCACUUUGACAUUGCUAAACCUGUACUUACAUACAUAUACUAAAUAUAUUUGAUUUUUAUAUGAUACAGUGGUUACAUGUCUCCCGAGUACGCUAUGGAGGGGACUUUUUCGAUAAAAUCUGACGUCUAUAGUUUCGGGGGGUUAAUGCUUGAAAUCAUUAGUGGUAGGAGAAAUAGUAGCUUCUACAAUGCUGAUCGCGUGCUCAAUAUAGUAGGAUAUGCAUGGGAGUUAUGGAAAGAAGGCAGGGGGCUAGAGCUAAUGGAUCCAACACUAAAGGAUUCAUGUACUGAAGAUCAAUUGUUAAGAUGCUUCCAUGUUGGUCUGUUAUCCGUGGAAGAAAAUGCAGCUGAUCGGCCCUCCAUGUCUGACGUCAUAUCUAUGUUGACUACUGAAACCAUUUCAAUGCCACUACCUACAAGGCCAGCAUUCUUCACAAGAAGAAAUUUUAUUGAGUCUGAUAUAAGUAGAAGGGAGUUGCAAAUUAUAUCAGUAAAUGGCUUGUCUAAUACCACAGUUGCUGGACGAUAGAGGAUUUGUCUAUUAGCUAAACAAUAUCUUUAGGCCAUAAUUACAAUGGUACCUUCAUUUUGUAUUCCCUGUGAAAGUAGGUUUUCUUAUGGAUUAUAGUUUUUUACUAGCAAUGGUGCCCGCGCGAUGCUGCGGGUUUUGAUAUUGUGUGAAAUGUGUAUAAAGUCGUGAAAAUAUGCAGGGAAAAUGGUACUAUUUAUAUAAACAUGGAGAUCUAAAUAGUGGUAUCAUGCUUAGUCUAGCAAGCUUAAGUUACAAAAAAUAAACUAAUAACACGUUUUAUGUGCUGCUUGUUAUGUGAAAACAUUGGGCAUAUUUUAAUGAUUCAAAACGAAAAACAUAGAAAAUAAACUCAGCAAGCAACAAAAUCCCAGAAAGACUGCCUAAACAAAUUAUACUAAUAUAAUCAAUAACAAUUUUCCAUUUUUUCCUGUAAAGUAAAAAAUGGAGAAUUUCAAAAACUCAUCACAAAGUCCUCAUUCACAAUCUCGAUCCUUAAUUAAUCAGAAAAAAUGUACUAAUAUGGUAUGAAAGUUAAAAAAAGAAGAAGAAAAAAUACCCAGGAAUCCAAUAGAAGUAGUAGAUCAAUUGAAGUAUUAUAAAGUGAUUCUUUAGUUCUAACCUUUGUAAGUAUAUUAUUGGAUUAAAAGAGUCUUCGAGUUUUGUUGUCUUAGUAAUUAAGAGAUAAAGUGAUUUUUCAGUUCUAAGUAUUGUUAUUACUCUACCUAUCAUCACAACAACAAAUUAACAACCCAUUACAGCAACAAAAUCAUUACAAAUUGUCGAAAUUGGCAUGCUUACUUUCCCACAACAACAAUAUUAACUGCAACAGAUCAUCACAGCACAGAAUCAAUUUGGGCAAGGAAUCAAAGGAUUCAACAGCAUACUCAGAAACCCAUCAGCAAGCCAUUAAUUCGUUAAACAUUUACUACGUUAGACAUUGACAAAUAAUCAAAAUGGGUACAAAUUUAUUAAUUAGAAAAAAUAAAGUAUAAACGGCAGAGAGAACAAACCUCAUUAACGGCAAGCACUUACCAUAAUAUUAAGUUUAACGCAAAAUUCACCGAUGAAGAUUUGGGAUCGCAAAAGCUGAGCUG